AUGGGCGAUUCAGGUGACGCGCAAAAGAUGCAGCGGCUGCUGGAGAUGCUGGCGCUCAACAGCGGGGACAUGUCGAAGCUGACGCAGCAGCAGCGCAAGGCGUUUGAGGAGUACAAGUUCUGGAAGACGCAGCCCGUGGCGCGUUUUGACGAGAAGGUGGAGGAAGAGGGCCCGAUCAAUCCGCCGCGGCGUGUGGAGGACGUGCGGGACGAGCCGUACCCGCUGCUGGAGGAGUUCGAGUGGCGGACGAUGGACAUCACGACCGGCCAGGACCUGGAGGACGUGUUCGUGCUGUUGAACGAGAACUACAUCGAGGACAAGGACUCGACGUUCCGGUUCAAUUACACGCGCGAGUUCUUUAACUGGGCGCUGAAGCCACCGGGGUGGCGUAAGGAGUGGCACGUGGGCGUGCGGGUGCGGCAGUCGGGACGGCUGGUGGCGUUCAUCAGCGCGGUGCCCACGACGCUGGAGGUGCGCGGGCGGGAGAUGAAGAGCGUAGAGAUCAACUUCCUGUGCAUACACAAGAAGCUGCGCUCGAAGCGCCUGGCGCCGAUCCUGAUCAAGGAGAUCACGCGCCGCGUGAACAAGUGCGAUAUCUGGCACGCGCUGUACUCCGCGGGCAUCGUACUGCCCUCGCCGAUCUCGACCUGCCGCUACACGCACCGGCCGCUCAACUGGUCGAAGCUUUUCGACGUCGGCUUUACGGCGCUGCCUGCGAACGCGACCAAGACGCAGAUGCUGGCCAAGUACACCCUGCCCAAGAAGCCGCUGGUCGAGGGCCUGCGCCCGAUGACCGACGCGGACGUGGACGGCGCGUUCGAUCUGUUCAACCGCUACCAGAAGCGCUUCGAGCUCAUUCAGACGUUCGACAAGAGCGAGUUCCGCCACUGGUUCCUGGGCAACGAGGAGACCCCGAGCGUCAUUUACUCGUAUGUGGUCCAAAACUCCGAGGGCAAGAUCACCGACUUUGUUUCCUUCUACUCCUUGCCUUUCACCAUCCUGAAAAACCCGCUGCACAAGGAACUCGGCAUCGGCUACCUCUUCUACUACGCCUCCGACGCCGACUUUGACUACGAGGACCGCUACGACCCCACGGCCACGGAGCUUCUGCGCAAGCGUCUUACCCAGUUGAUCAACGACGUCUGUAUUCUGGCUCGGGACCUGAAGAUGGACGUCUUCAACGCCCUGACCUCACAGGACAACGCGCUUUUCCUCGAGGAUCUCAAGUUCGGACCCGGCGACGGUUUCUUGAACUUCUACCUUUUCAACUACCGCGCCAACCCCAUUCGAGGCGGCCUCACCGAGGACAAGAAGUUUGACGCCAAGAACCGCAGCAACCAGGGCGUCGUCAUGCUCUAG